UAAUAUAUAUAGUUCGUGUAUCAUCGAAAUGUCGUGAGUAUUGCUAUAAAGCUAGAAGCGGGAUAUUUGGCAAAUAUAUAAUAUAUCAAAUAUAUACUAGCUUUAAUCAUGUCCGACGAAAAGAAGGAGACUAAAACAGAAUCAGAGCAUAUAAACUUAAAAGUUUUAGGCCAGGAUAAUGCAGUAGUACAGUUUAAAAUUAAGAAGCACACACCUCUUCGAAAACUAAUGAAUGCUUACUGUGAUCGUGUAGGCUUGGCAAUAGCAGCGGUAAGAUUUAGAUUUGAUGGACAACCUAUAAAUGAGUUGGACACACCAACGAGUCUUGAAAUGGAAGAAGGAGAUACAAUAGAAGUUUAUCAACAACAAACAGGGGGAACGUGUUGAGGUUGAGAAUAUAUUAAUGCGCCACAGAAAAGUUUACAAACGGACUAAAAGAAAAUCUAUUGUUCCAGUGUAUAUCUUUCAUAAGAGAUGUUAGUGCUAUCUUUUCGUAUAUGACCGUCUUGGUCAUGUGCUUCUUAUUACAGUGUGCUAAGGCGGUAAAUACAUUACAUUUCUUUUCUAAUAUUUUUGGUAUGUUUUCUUAUUUACAAAUAAACAUUAGCCUGUUGCUUGAAUUUUUUGAUCGUGUACUUCGAGAUAAAAAACUUUUAUUUUCUAUAGUGUCUUAAAGAUUCAUUAAUUGUCACACACAUUUAAUAUGUUAGAAGAUUGAAUGAGCGACUGUUUUACAAUUAUUUGGUAAUAUAAAAACAACUUUUUUAAGUGUACAUUGUAUAACAUAUUGCAAAAACACAAUGUUAUAUACCAUUAUGUAAGCAGACAUAAGUUUCUAUGAGGCAGAAGCCUUUGUAUAUGUGAACAUUUUCAGGAAAAUUCUCUACAGUGUAAUAAUAUACGUUUUAAAUAAUAAAUUUUCAUUUGUAAAUA